AUGAGAACAAGGGAGGAAAAAGGAAAAAUGAUAAAUCCACCAGUACAAAACCUACCAUACCCCCAUGCUCCAAUCAAAAAGGAUAGAGAAAGGCAAUACGCUCGAUUUUUGGAUAUUUUCAAGCGGUUGCAAAUCAAUAUUCCCUUCACGGAGGCACUUGAACAAAUGCCUACGUAUGCAUGUUUCCUGAAGGAAACUCUCACCAAGAAGAGAAGGAUUACUAAUGAAGAAACAAUACAUCUUGACACAAGUUGGAGUGUGAUCAUUCAACGAACACUUCCACAAAAAGAAAAAGAUCCAGGAAGAGUCACAUUAACUGUCACAAUUGGAAACGUAAACGUUGGUAAAUCAUUGAUUGAUCUUGGCUCAAGUAUCAACCUCAUACCACUCUCAGUAAUACGAAGAAUUCGUGAUUUGGAUAUAAAGAAUACUAUGAUGACUUUGCAACUAGCCGAUAAAUUAGUCACAAGGCCAUCCGGUAUUGCCGAAGACGUGUUGGUCAAGGUAGAUAAGUUUUUAUUUCUUAUUGAUUUUGUUGUCAUGGAUAUAGAGGAAGAUAAUCAUGUGCCACUGAUUUUGGGACAUCCAUUCAUGAAAAUCGCACGCAUGAUGAUUGACAUUGAUGAUGGUUUAAUGAAAGUACGUGUUCAAGAUGAAGAAGUUACGUUCAACCUCUUUGAUGCCAUGAAACGUUCCAAAGAUAAAAGAGCUUAUUUUUGA